AUGGCCUAUGAUCAGGGUGCAGCCUACGAGCCGCCGCAAAGGAAUUAUCUGCCUCAGCCGCAUGCCUCGAACCCCGCGCAUAACGGGUAUCAGAACGAUUACGCCGAAUAUGCGAGCACGCCCUACGAUCAGUAUCCGCAGAAUUACGGUCACCAGCAGCAUGGUGGCUACGACGCCCAGCCAGCCUACAGCAAUGGGCACGCGAGUGGCUAUCAGAACAGCGCAUACGACGACAGACCACAGGCAAGCCCCGAACGCGCCUAUGACCCGAGAUAUCAGCCUCGCGCACAGAACGGCCCUCCAACAGGUCAAGGACAGCCUCCAGUUCAGAGAGGGCCGCCGCCCCAGCAGGGUAGGCAGCCCCAGCGAGAAGACGCUCGACAGAACGGACGUUCCCAGCAGAGACCGAGAGAUCCUCGCGACCAGCGCGGUAUGGACCCUAGGGGAAGGGGCAAUGGACCGCCCAGCGGAGGUGCACAGGAUCCUAUGGCGGAUUGGAAAGCACGAGAAAAGGCCAAGCUCAAGAAACAAGCGCAGGCUCCGGAGAGUUUGCCUAUAGACAAUGCAUUUCCUGUAUUUCCGAAGAGAAACGAGUCUUCCAUGGACAGGUCCGGAGGAGCUAGCUCGAGAGCCAGUGGAGACCGCAACAGGCCUCGCACUUCGGGAAAUUCACGGCCAAGGGAGGAUAAACAUGCGACGGGAGCUUCUAGCAGGGCAGAGUACGGGAGGCAUGAUUCCAACGAGCGCGCCUACGGCGGCCAGAAUGUCGCACCACAGCAUACUUCCGAUAGGCAUUGGAAUGGAGAGCAGCCGUCAAACAAUGCCGGUGCUUCAGCACACGAGCAGUACCCAGCACAGUGGCCCAUUGUCGACGACCACGCACAGCCGCCUCCACAGCAAGUAAAUGGCUAUGCGCAAAGUUAUGCGCCAGAUCCGCAGGAGUAUCAAUACAAGUCAAGGCAAGACUCCCAGCCUCGCGCCGCUGCUGUGCCUCGUCCAGCAACUUCUCACGACCAGGCUAUUUCCCCGUCCAGCCAUUACCCGCAAGAGCCACGGCCGUGGGUUCAACAGGGCCCUGCCAGUGACAGCGGCCACAGCCUAGGAGAGAUAUAUGACGAUUAUGCUGAUACCAGCGCCGAGCCGCAGCCGGGCCAACUGAAGCGCGUUCCCACGAAUCGCGAUGAGGAGAUUGAGUUCGAAAUGCCAGACUUUGACAGUGCGGCACCUGGGCAGACAUCACUUGCUCAGAAAAAGGCUGCCCCACCACCUAUAGACUCCAUGGCUACUGCCACGCCUCCUCCAGUUUCUAGUGCGCGAUCUGCUCCUCCAGGUGUGCAUGGCAACGGCUAUGGCCCAAGACCUCCAUACGAUCAAUCCAGCAGAUCUACACCAGCUCUCAACCAACAACGCGGAGCGCCGCCAGGUAGAGGUAUGCCCGGCCCGUACGCGCAACAAGGUUAUGAUCUGCCACAUCGCGGGCCUCCUCAGCAAGAUCCAGGAUAUGGACGAGGCGGACCAAUGCAGCCUCCUCGUGCUCCAUUCGCGCACGAGCCACCUGCACGGCGGUCUCUAGAUGAUGCCAGGCAGGGACCACGGCGUCCCGGUCCUGGUCAGCCUCCUCCGCCACAGCGAUUUGAUCAGUAUGGCAGACCUAUACGACCGCCACCAGGACCAGGACGACCAGACAUGGAUCGCAGCGCGACUUGGGCUGAUCCACGCCAAGUGCGAGGCAACGGGCCACCACCACCACCGCAUCAGCAAGGCCCACGAGGACCUCCCAAUGGUGCACCGCUCACCCAGCAACGCUCGAACCCRGAUGCACUCCCACAACACCCAGUACCUGUACGUCCUGGGCUUAUGGAACAGAGCGAACCACAGGCAGCUAAGCCUCCACCUGUUCGAAACUACAACGGCACAGGAUCCAUACCUCCCACAUCCUCUGGUCCACCACCUGCUCCAAGUGCUCGCGACCGCCAAGCUUCGAUCGAUCUCUUCGCUAGGCCUGUGACGCUCGCAGAGAUUGAUCAACUGCGCGCCGCUGCCGAUUCCACCAACAGUCCGAAACAAGGAUUGAUUCUUGUGAAGAAGCUGGUUGAAGCCGCCGCUGUUCUGGCCACAGAAGGCGGCCGUGCAGAUCAGAAAACCACGGCCAAGAAUCGCGAACGUUACAUCACGGAGGCGUACAAGCGAUUGAAGAAGCACGUCACAAACGGAUACCCUGAUGCGCAAUUCUACCUGGCAGACUGCUACGGCCAAGGCAUGCUUGGCUUGGAGGUUGACACCAAAGAAGCUUUCAAGCUCUACCAAGCAGCCGGCAAAGCCGGACACCCGCAAGCCGCCUAUCGCACGGCCGUUUGCUGUGAGAUGGGUCCUGAGGAAGGUGGUGGUACUAGUCGUGACUACCCAAAGGCUGUGCAGUGGUACCGCCGCGCCGCCGCGCUUGGAGAUGCGGCUGCCAUGUAUAAGAUCGGCGCAAUCCUGUUGAAGGGCUUGCUGGGACAGCCAAGGAACAUUGCAGACGCGGUGACUUGGUUGAAGCGAGGUGCUGAACGUGCAGAUAUCGAUCAUCCCCACGCUCUGCAUGAAUUGGCCGGCCUGUACGAAAGUGCCAACACGAAUCCUGAAAUCCGCAACAAGGUCAUCGCCGACGAUGCGUAUGCGCGGGAUUUAUUCCAACAGGCUGCAGGGUUGGGCUACAAGUUUUCGCAAUUCAGGCUGGGACAAGCCUAUGAAUAUGGAUUGCUGGGAUUGCCAACCGAUAAUCGUACAAGCAUCAGCUGGUAUACGAAAGCUGCUGCACAAGGAGAGCACCAGGCUGAGUUGGCGCUCAGUGGAUGGUAUCUCACAGGCGCGGAGGGUAUACUGGAGCACAGCGAGACGGAGGCCUAUCUUUGGGCGAGAAAAGCCGCUGCUAGUGAACCGCCGUUGCCCAAGGCUAUGUUUGCCAUGGGCCAUUUCACUGAGGUGGGCAUAGGAUGUCCUGCUAAUAUGGAAGAGGCGAGGAAGUGGUACGGAAGGGCUGCUUCGCACAAAUUCCCAAAAGCUAUUGAAAGGUUGGAGGAGUUGAGGAAAGGUGGUGGCAAGGCUGGGAAAGCGCCGCAGGGGAAACUCUCGAGGAAGGAGGGGAAGAGAGAUCAGAAGAAGGAUGAAGAGAAUUGUAGUGUGAUGUGA